AUGACCUACAUCUGUUCCUGCUCUGCCUGUCCACCGCCAGAUGGCUCAGACUCCCUGGUAGCCAGCAGCAGCUGGAAGCAGGGAGGAAGGAGUGUGAGGAGGCUGGUGGGCCAUUCAGGAGAUCAGUUUCCACCCUCAGAGGAGCAAGAAGAGGCUGGAGCUAUGGCAGGAAAAACCCCUAAGAAGUCCUCCAUCCCCGGAGUGAGCAUCCUGCAGCUGGUGGACGAGAUCCCCGAAGGCUGCAGUACACCAGAUUUCAAGCAGAAGCCUGUCACCUUGGCUCUACCAGAGGGAAAGAAUGCCAUCUUUCGGGCGGUGGUCUGUGGGGAGCCCAGACCCGAAGUGUACUGGCAGAGCACCAAAGGAGACCUCAGCAGCUCCAGCAAGUACCAGAUCUCCUCUGCUCCUGGCAGCAAGGAGCAUGUGCUGCAGAUCAACAAGCUGACUGGAGAGGACUCGGAUCUGUACCGCUGCACUGCAGUGAAUGCCUUCGGGGAAGCCACGUGCUCAGUGAGGCUCACUGUCAUCGAAGUGGGUUUUCGGAAGAACCGAAAAAGGCAAAAGGAACCUCAGGAGGACCUCAGGACAGAGCUGAAGGACUUUCGGAAGAUGCUGAAAAAGAGGACCCCACCUCCCGCCCCUGAUAAAAAGAUGGAGUCUGCACAGGUGUGGCAGCUGCUCAUGACUGCGGACCGUAAGGACUAUGAGAAGAUCUGUAUGCAGUAUGGCAUCGUCGACUUCCGGGGCAUGCUGCGCAAGCUGCAGGAGAUGAAGAAGGAACAGGAGGACAGAAUGGCACAGUACGUCAACGCCAUUGACAACUUGAGACACAUCAGGGUCACCAAGGAAGGGGUCGCCACGUUUGACCUGGAGCUGGAUCUCAAGGACCUUGAGAGCAAGAUUUACCUGUACAAGGAUGGUGAGAUGAUCCCCUAUGGCUUUGAUAACCAGACCAAGCACUGUCUGAGACGGCUGGGGAAACGCUACCACUUCCUGAUCCAGGACCUGCGGCCCGAGGAUGCUGGCCUUUACCAGGUCAUGGUGGAGGAUGCUGUGGUCUUCUCCACAGAGCUGGAGGCCAGCACCAUCCCCCCCAGAGUGGUGGUCCCGUUGGCAGAGACCCGCUGUGAGGAACAGGGGGACGCAGUCUUUGAAUGCACACUCUCCAAUCCUUGUCCUAAUGCUACCUGGCAUUUCCAGCACCGAACACUGAGGCUCGGUGACAGAUACGAAGUUUCUGUGUCCCCUGAUGGGCUGACCCACCGGCUGGUUGUGAAGGGGGCCAGUUGCUCAGAUAUGGGCCUCUACUCCCUGAACGCUGGACUCCAUGCCUCCAGUGCCUGGCUGGUGGUUGAAGACGGGAAGGAUAAAGUUCCUCAGACCACAGAUACUGAGCACCGACUACAAACUCCAGAAGCCCUGGCCUCAGAAGCAGAAGACUCCUGGGGCAUCAGCGGCAAGGGAGGGCAAUCCAGAGAGCAGGGCUCCCUCAAGGAGACCAGAGGGGCGCAGCUCACAGCAGGCCCAGACAGGGGUGCCUUUGACGAGCAUGGCUAUUCCGUGGUGGGGGGUGAAGGAUCAGCUAAUUCAGCCUGGGGCCCCAGGCAGAACAAAAAGGGCUUUCUGGGAGGAGAGCAAGGCAGGGUCACGCUUCCGGGAGACAGCCAGGCCCACAGAGAGGGAGACUGUGGUGGGAGCCUUCCUGGGAGACCUCAGCUCCAGGGAGGGGACACAGAAUCAGAUUUGGGCUUUGUGGAAAGACAAGGUCAUAGCAGAGCGGGGGCAGCAGGAGGUUGGAAGGCUGGCUCCAGCCACCAUCAGGAUGGAAGACUUGAGAGCCACAGAGAAGGAAAGGAACCCAGAGAGGGCCGUGGCAGUGAACUGGACAGACAUGGCCCGGGACAACUCCGUGACCCUCGCUUGGGAGCUGGGGCAGGGCAGAGGGUGCUGUGGGGAUCCCAGUCUGAUGCUGAGGGGUUUCAACUGAAAAAUGAAGGGACAGAAACGUGGGGUGAUCUUAUGGAUGAGAUGGAAGGAAGGGGUGACCUGAGCAGAGAGAGGGAAGCAGGGACAGGGUGGGCUAAUGGGGCCUGCCUGGGGGAAGCCAGAGGCUGCAAUGAGGCAGGAAGUCCUUGCAUCCCCGAGUUUCCUAGAGGAAGAGGUCACAGCCUCGAGGUAGGCAUGGACCCUGAGUGCUGGGGCACUCAGGCAGGUGGAGAUGCUGGCCAUGGAGAAGCUGGGAUGUACUGGGAGGCAGGGGCAUAUCCAGGACAGACAUCAACUAGCAAUGACACCCAGAAACCAUCGCUAUCUGGAGGCAGGAAACUUCUGGGGUGCAGGAGUUCUGAGGCCAAAGCUGAGCACUCUUUGCAAGGGGCAGGUAGCCAUGGCAUUGUGGGGAGGGGCUACGAAACUGUCCCUGAAGGCCUGGAAGAUCCCAGGGACUGGAAAGGUGGCCUAGAAGAACUCCAGGGAAGGGAUGGCCAAGGCCAGGCUGGAGCCUUGGGCAGGUCGGAGGACGGCUCUCGAAGUCUCCAUUUUCCUCAGAGCUGGACAGUGGGGCAAAGGGAAGCAGGAGAUCCAGGCAGAACAGAGUGUGAAAUCUUGGGUCCUCAGGAUGACACGUGGUCCAAUCUCAGAAACACUGGGGCCCAAUUUGUGCCUGGAGUGCUUGGGUCUGGUGGGAAGGAAGGGAGCAUGGAUGGUUCCCAAGUAGGUAGACUGAUGGUGUCUAGUCAGAGGGUAGAUGCCAGAAACAACAGGCUAGUGCCCUCUCCGGGCCUGGGUGUCCAGGGCUCCGGGGGUACACUAGGAGAUAUGGCAGGAUUAAGAGACCCAGGGUCGGUAGGAUCUGAACCAGACUUCAGGAAUGGGUCAGGGAGGUCUAGAGAAAAAGGGUCCAGAGGAGGAAUGGACUACAAGGGUGGCUUAGGAGGUCCAGGGUGGGUGGAGUCUAGGUAUGAGGAGGGUUCCAGGUGCUCUGAAGGGACGGGUUCUAGAAAUAGAGUUACUUAUCAUGAUGGCUCAGAGGUGCCAGAAGGAACAGGGUCGGGUCUUGGUACUGGUUGCAGAACCACCUGUGGGGCGCCCGUGGAGACAGAUGCUGGGGAAUGGGGUACUUACAGGCAUGACUCCGGGGUGUCCGGGGGAUUGUGGUCUGGAAGCAAAGGUCAGGGUGGUUCUCCAGGAAAGGUGUCUGGGAGAGACACCAGCCUCAGAAAUGGAUCAGGUGGCCUUCACGGGAUGCCCAUUCAUGAAGCUCAGCGCUGGGCCGUAUUUCAAGGCCAGGGUCAAACAGGCCCUGGUGGGAAACACUACUCUGAUGGUGACUUAGGGAAUCCUGAGAUGAUGGGAUCUGUGGGUGGGGAUGGCAUGAAGGCCUCUGGAGCAGUAGGAAACGUUGGGGACAGACAUAUGGAAACAGAACCAGGGAACUCUGGAAGAAUACGUUCUCGGGGUCACACUGGAGGUUAUGAGGGCUUCAGAGUCCUGGGGGCCUUUAGCGAGGGAGACUUUGAAGAUGGCACUGGGGUUCCAUUACCCAUGGGGCCAGGAUCUCUGGGGAGAGGGGACAAGGAAGGUGAUGGAGAAAGGUUCCUUGGUGCCAGGACCUCUGGAGCUGGAACUGGGAAUUUGGACAAAGCCAGGCACCCUGAGGCGCUGUCUCCUCAUGAUGAGGCUGGUUCCCAAGGCCACUGGGCUCACAGAUCUGGACAUGCGUUAGGUUACAGGGAUGGAUCUGGAAUUCCAGAGCCCCGGGGAAUUGGGGACAAAGCAGCUUAUGGAGAUGGGCCAAGGGGUCCUGGGUCUGAGAGAACAGGGUCAAGGGGUCCUGGGUCUGAGAGAACAGGGUCAAGGGGUCCUGGGUCUGAGAGAACAGGGUCAAAGGGUCCUGGGUCUGAGAGAACAGGGCCAAGGGGUCCUGGGUCUGAGAGAACAGGGUCAAGGGGUCCUGGGUCUGAGAGAACAGGGCCAGAUAGUGAGACAGUAUGUAGAGAAGGCUCAGGAGGCCUCAGAGGAAUGGGACCAGAGGGUGAGGCAAGUUAUACAAAUGCAGCUGGGGGCUCUGGGGCCAUGGGAUCAGGGUGCAGGGUAGAUUCUAGGAAUGAUAUUGGGUGUUCUGGAGUUAUGGGAUCCGGGAGUGAGGCAGGUUAUAAGAAUGACAUCCAGGGCCAUAGGGUGAGGGAAUUAGGGAAUAAAGCAGGUCACAAGAAUGGUUUAGGAGCCUCUGACAUUAUUUCAUUAAGGGAUGAGGCCAGUUAUCAAGGUGGUUUAGAGCAUUCUGGAGACAUUUUGCCAUGGAAUGAGUCAGGUUCCAGGGAUGGCUUGGGGGAAACAGGACGAAUGGACUCCGGGAAUGAGGAGGUUGGUUAUAGGGGAAGCUCAAUGGGGCCUGGGAAAAGGGGGUCAGAGAGUAAAAGGCACCAUGCAGAUGGUUCAGGAAGGCAAGGAGGACCAGGGUCACUGGCUGCACCCAGAGAACAUGAAUCCAUGGGUCUUGGGUCAGGAUCCCCGGCAGCAGCAGAGGUAGACACAAGCUCCAAGGAUGGCAGAGGAACGGGGCCUGCAGCUGAGACAAGGUCUGGGGUGGGCUCUGGGAUGGCUGGGAUACCGGACCCUACAGGUGGUAUAGCACACAGGGACCGUGCUAUGGGCCACGGGGAGCUGGGGCCACCAGGAGGGCCACAUAUCUUUUCAGGUGGCCAGGGUGUCAAGAACAGUCUUGGGGGCUGUGGACCCUCGGGAAUCCCUGAAGCCUUGGGGGCUAUGGGUUCUGUGAGGAAAUCAGGUAUCAGGGAAUGGAAAGAUGGUUCUGGGUUCCCAGGGUCCCCUAGGGACAGUGGGACUCCCAGUGGGGAGGGAGGAUCUGUAGACCAAGCGGGAGCUGUGGGGACUUCCAGGCUUCUUGAUGGUAGGGGGACAGCGGGCGGUGAGGGUGGGUCUGGGGUAGCUGCUCUGGAGUCAGGAAAUGAUUGGGACUUUAGUCAGUCAGGGUUGGGGACAACAGGCAGGGGUAGAGUGGCUGGCCAGGGGGAAGGGACACCUCAGGAAUGUGGAGACUCCCUGAAAGGCAGGAGGGAAGCAGGUUCUGGGAGCUUGUCAGGAGCAGCUGGUCAGGUGACAGAGAGCGGUUCUACACCAGGGAGAGAGACCAAGUCAAUGUCAGGACGGGACAGUGGGCAGGAUAUGAGCCACACUCGGCCUCCAGGCUGGGAAGACCAGGUUCGAGGCGGCUUCAGGGCUUCUAGCUCAAUGGGGGAGAAUGAUGCCAUUUUCAGACAAGCCCAGGAAGGGCAAAGAGCCUCUAAGGGCAGGGGCUCUGUGACAGGCCAAGAGGCUGCCGGUGAAUGGCAAGGUCCAUGCUCCUCGGAGAGCAGAGACUCGGGUUUUAGAAGGGGCGGGGCUGGCUUGACAGAGGACUCAAGUGUCCGUGGCAGAAGGAAUUCCACUAUGCGUGGAGAUGGUGCCACUUCAAAACCCCAGGAACCCCAGGAUGAAUUAGAUAGUCCAUUAGGCAGAAGGGACUUCAGAAGUGUAUCGGGAGGAAUCCAGGAACCAGGUUUUCAACUAGAGGCGGGGCAGGGAGAUCAAAGAGGGUCUCUUCAGGAGUGGGGAUCCUGGGAGGCUAAGACUGACAAAGUCCGAGGAUCUGGGGCCUCAGAGAAGUAUGAAGGGCAGGGAAGGAAAGGCCCUGGCUGGUCAGGCAGGAAGCCUGGUCCCUAUGGAAGCAAGUAUCAGCCACAGUUUGGGACUGAAGUUGGAUCCGCCAAGAGAGGGGCUACAGAGAGGGCCGGAGGUCUGGGGCAUUGGACGAGCAGUGAGGACAGAGGGUCUCUGAGAGAAUCUUGGAGUGAAGAUGGGAGGCAAGACCCCCACAGGCAUCUUGACAGCAGGAGAGAUACCCAAGAGGGAAGGCCAGAUGUCUGUGGCCAGGGACAAGAUGCUACCCAGAGCCCCAGAUCCAGAUACAAGCCUGGCCCUGGCUCUUCUGCGGAGGCCCGAGGCUCCAUGGACCACUUCUCUCGGGGUCUGGUGGAUACGGAGGUGCAGCAGGGGGAAGCUGCCAUACUUUCCUGUACCCUCACCAGUGACAUGGGACCUGGCACCUGGUUCAAGGAUGGAGUCAAGCUCACUGCCCAUGAUGGGGUCAUCUUUGAGCAAGAUGGGCUCACACACAGACUGAUCCUCACCCACGUGGAGGGGACCCAGGCUGGGAGAUACACUUUUGUGGCCGGCAGACAGCACACGGAGGCCAGCCUGACCGUGCAGGAUCCCCCUACCAUUGCUCCAGAUGUGACAGAGACACUGAGAGAGCCACUGGUGUUCAAAGCUGGGAAGCCAGUGACUCUGAAGAUCCCUUUCCAGAGCCGCCUCCCUGUUCAGGCUGUCUGGAGGAAGGAUGGGGAGGAGGUGGUGGGCAGCAACCACAGGGACAUCCAGGUGGCUCUGGGGGAUGGCUACACACGGCUGUGCCUCCCCAGCGUGUGCAGGGAGGACAGCGGCCAGUACAGCGUGACACUGAAGAGCGAUGGAGGCUGCAUGCAGGCUGAAUUCACUCUGCACGUCAUAGACAAGCCUCAGCCCCCACAGGGACCCCUGGAGGUGCAGGAUUGCCACAGAGCAAGUGUCUGUCUCCGCUGGCGGCCCCCGAGGGAUGAUGGGGGCCAGGCCAUACAACACUACGUGGUGGAAAGGCGACAGGCUGGAAGGAGCACUUGGCUGAAGGUGGGCGAGCCCCCACCGGACAGUACCAGCUUCACUGAUGCCAGCGUGGAGCAGGGUCGGAAAUAUGCUUUCCGUGUGCGGACGGUGACCUCAGAGGGAGCCGGGGACGCCCUGGAGUCUGAGGAGGUGUUGGUGGCUCCUGAGGAUCUCCCAGGGCCCCCUUCUGCCCCAGACAUCUUAUCAGCCUCCAGCCAGAGCAUCACUCUGACAUGGGUAGCACCACGGGGCCCUGGCAGUGCCCACAUCUUGGGCUACCUGGUUGAGAAGCGCAAGAAGGGGAGCAACACUUGGGUGGCUGUGAAUGAGCAGCCCGUGUCUGAAAGGAGGUGCACCGUGGCGGAUCUGCGACAGGGUUGCCAGUAUGAGUUCCGGGUUAUCGCUGUGGCUCCCUCAGGCCCUGGAGAGCCUGGGCCUCCAUCGGAUGCUGUCUUUGCUCGAGAUCCCAUGAGACCUCCAGGACCUGUUCGGGAUCUCCAGGUUACAGACACAUCUAACACCAGCAUCACCCUGAGCUGGAGGAGGCCGGACACCGAGGAUAAUGAUGAAGCCCAAGGGUUCAUUGUGGAGUUGUGUGGCUCAGACAGCCUUCAAUGGAGCCCAUGCCACGUGGGCACUGUGCCAGGCACCACCUUCACAGCCAAGGGGCUUCGGCCCCAAGAAGGCUACUUCGUGCGGGUGACAGCAGUCAAUGAUGGGGGCCAUGGCCCCACCACUUCCCUAGACUCAUUGGUCCAUGCCAUGCCUGCUACCGUCUGUCCCAAGUUCCUCAUGGGCUCCAGCACAAAGGAUUCGCUGAUGGUCAGGGUUGGGGACAGCAUUCGAGUUCCGGUCUCCUUUGAAGCUGUCCCCAUGCCUGAGGUGACCUGGCUGAAGGAUGGUUUGCCCUUGCCCAAAAGAAGCGUGACCACCGUGAAGGAUGGCCUCACCCAGCUUCUGAUUCCUGUAGCUAGCCUCUCGGACCGUGGCCGAUACACCGUGACGCUGAGACACCCACAGGGGAAGGAGGCUUCCUACAGCUUCUCCAUCAGUGUGGCAGCAUGCCCACAGGCACCAGGAUCCAUCUACCUGCAGGAGAAUGUGCCUGGGACAGUGACAGUCCAGUGGGAACCCUCCCCGGACGAGGCUCAGGGCAUCCCCUUGCACUAUACCGUGCUGAUGCGCUCCUCAUCUCAUGGAUCCUGGCAUGAGGUGGCUGACCGUGUCCACACCAACCACUUCACCUUCCUGGGGGUCCUCCCUGGCCAUGAGUACCACUUCCGGGUGCUGGCCAAGAAUGAGCUGGGGCCCAGCAAACCUUCAGACACCAGCCAACCCUGGUGUAUCCCCAGGCAGAGAGAGAGGUUCGCGGUGAAGACUCCAAUAUACCAGGAACCCAACCUGAGCCAGAAGCCCCGCUUCCUGGUGGGUCUGCGGACCCACCUUCUGCCCCAGGGCUGCGAGUGCCGCAUGACCUGCGCUGUGCAGGGCUCACCCCGGCCCCAGGUCACCUGGUUCAAGAACGACCAGAGCUUGGACAGAAACCCUGCACUGUACAGUACUGACUUGCUGAGUGUGUGCUCCCUCGUCAUCCCCAGUGUGUCCCUUAAGGACAGCGGCGAGUACAAGGCUGUGGCCAAGAACCCCCUGGGUCAGGCUGUCAGCACGGCCACCCUCAUUGUGACAGAAUACAACUCCUAGCCCCACUUGGCCUGGAAUCCUAGCCUAGCCCCACCCCACAGCCAUGAGAUGGAUGGGAACUCUCUGAAGCUUUACCCCUGAUGCCCACACUGGCCUGGGGAGCCAGCCCAGAAUGACAGUGGAUGUUCCUCUGAGAGACAGGAACAAGAGGGCUCUGGUGAGACGUGACUAGAAGGGCUGAAAUCGUUGAAGAAGAAGUAGAAGGGUGAAGGAUGUGGUCUUAAGCUGAAUCACGGCUCAAGGUGACCCUGGUGCUAUGGGUGUUUUUGUUCUCCACAUCUGGAUGAAGCUCCAGAGAGAGUGAUCCACAGGGGUGGAAGCUGAGCCCACUGUGACCGCAGGAGUGGAAAGUCAUGGAGGGCAGAGGACCUGGGUGAAAGCAUUAAGGAUAUGUGUGUAGGGGAUCUCUGUACUUCAUUAAAACAGCAGGCUAAGAAAGGUGAAA